AUGGACCAACAACAAACCCCUAGAAACGCAGGCGAUACCUCUGCCAACCAGCAGGCACCAAUGGUUAAGCCGAAUUUGCCAGGUUUUCAGCCAACUCCUCAAGGUCCACCUGCAAGAUUUGCAGUGAAUAAUGGUCCUGUAGAGGGGCCUCGCUUAGGAGGACAACCACCACCUUUACGACAUCUUGAUAGCAGAUCUUCAUUACUGUCUGGUCAAUUCCCACAACCUAGACCUCCAUACGGAGGACCUAGACCGAGGAAUUUUUAUCCGAGACCACUACAACCUGGUGGUCCACUUCCAGGACCACCCCAGGGACCUCCUGGAACUCAAGGCCUACCUCAAGGUCCUCCUGGAAUUCAAGGAACACACCAAGGAUUCCAAGGACUACCUCAAGGACCACCUCAAGGACCACCUCAAGGAUCUCCUGGAAUUCAAGGACCACCCCAAGGAUUCCAAGGACCACCUCAGGGUCCUCCUCGUUUCACUCAAAAUCCCAACAUCCGAGGUCCUCCUCUCCAAAGACCUCCCUUUCCUGGAAACAAUCCUCAACAAUCUUGCUUCGUCCAAAGAAGUGGACCUGAACAAGUUAGGGGGCCUGGAGAUUUUGGACCACACCAAAGGUUGCAGAGGAAUGAUUCUGUUGCGAAUUUAAACUCUCGAUUCCCAAUUUCUGCUGAUAGAAGACCACAGUUAGUACCGCAGAUUUCGGUUGAGAGGAUGGCAGAUGCGGAAGGUCCAAAAUCAGUGACUAUGGUUCAACAAGUUGAAGAUCCUAAAAAGUUGGUGAAGGAUAGUAAAGAGAAUGAAGAUGACGAUGAUGAUGUUGUGAUAGAUAACGAAAACAUCCUAACGAAGGUCGGAAUUCCAAAACUUCCAAUUUCGGAAUCAGUUAGUCCGACUCAUCAAGAUACUAAAAUCAGUGAAGAGAAUACAAACGAGACUAACAAGCCCAUUGAAAACAAUCGAAUCAAUGAAGAUAAUCAGUCUAAUCAUCAGUCACCUGCUAUUCCAAUUUCUGGGACUCCAAAGAAAGAACCUCAGGGACCACCUUCUUUGAAUAGAAACCAAGAAUCUUUGGAGAGGCCACCAUCUGCUAUCGAGGAAAGCUUAGGUAAAGAUGAAUUGGGGAAUGAUGAAUCCAAAAAUGAUUCCAAAAAUGAAUCAAAGGAGAAAAUAUUGCAGGAGACUCCUGACCUUCUUAAAAACAGUGCUGUUUCUGUUGAUUGUGCCGAUAGUACAGUUUAUAUUCAACCGCUUACGUCCAAAGUGGAAAAUAAGUCAGAGACUAAAGAUAUGUCGAAAAAUCAUGAGGAGGAUCUGGUCCAGGAGAAACUUGCAGUCGCAGAGUCACCAACGAUACCAAAGUCUCCAGAAAGUGUCAAGGGAUUCGACAAUGGACAGAGGAGAUCACUCUGUUCGAGAUCCUCUUCGCAGGGUACGAAAUCUCCCAAGUCCCCAAGGUCACCUGGAUUGAAAACUCCAGAUGGAGAAAAAAAGAAAACUACUUUUGCUGAUGAUGUGAAGGAAGUAGGAAAUCAUAAAGAGAAUGGCCAAGCAGUUGCUCCUGAGGUUCCUUCACCAAAACCUAGAACACCAAGUACUCCGCGGAGGAAUCUUCCAUCUGGAAUUACUUCUCCUUCGAAAGAAAAUAAGAAUUUGAUUUCUACACAAGGGAAAGCAGAUGCAGAAAAUGAUAGUGGCGUUGAUGAAUCGACACAACGUUGCGAGGCACCUACAUUAAAUGGGGUAGGCGGUUCCCCAACAAAGAGAAUGUCUUCAAAUUCAAGGGAAACUGACAAAAGGUCGACGGCCGGCUCUCCUGUAAAGUCCCCAAGCAAAUGCGCCAAAUCCCUUCCUAGGACACCUGAUACGGCUUCAUCGACAAGCAUUCAAGACAAGAAAAAAGUACCGAUGAAUAAAGUUCAGGUAGGAGCAGCGCCUUCUCCUAAUCUGAAGACCAUAAAGUCAAAGAUUGGGUCUUUACAAAACACAAGCUACAAACCAGGUGGUGGAAAAGUGAAAAUUGAAAAUAGAAAACUCGACUUCAGCAAAGCGCAACCGAAAAUUGCUGCAAAGAACGACAAGUACAUGCCAAGUGGUGGCGACAAAAAGAUCACGCAAGUGAAACUACAGUGGAAUGCAAAACCAAAAGUGGGUUCUCUGGAUAAUGCGACGUACAAACCAGGUGGUGGCGAUAAGAAGAUUGAAACCGUGAAGUUAGAUUUUAAGGACAAGGCAAAACCGAAGGUUGGGUCCAAAGAGAACGCUAAGCAUGUGCCAGGAGGAGGCACUGUAAAGUCAUCGGCGACGCCGCCAAAGACUCCUCUGGAUACACCCACUGAUGACAUCGAGACACAGAAGAUUGACAUUAAGGCCGAAAGCAAAAUUGGUUCCCUUGACAACGUGAAAUACAAGCCAGGUGGUGGUGACAAGAAAAUUUUCAAUGACAAAGAUUAUCUCCGGCAGACGGGCUCGGGUGUUGAGAGUCUCAGUGGGAGUGGAUCACAGGCCACUGAAGAGAAAACAGAAGAGCGGAAUGACAGUAUUGAAAGCCCGGAACCUCAUCCACCUCCUUCAACGCCAACUUGUGUUCGCAUACCUUCAAGUUCUGUAGUAACACCAAGAGCGAUAAGGACAAGUCUUGCCAAAUCUCCAGAAACUGGAACAGCCAGAGGAACUGGUGAAAGUUCACCAAGAAAAACAACCCGUUCUCCAAAUUCGGCAAGACCGCCGAGCAGCCUUGAUGUAAAAAAUCCCGAAAGUCCAUCAACUGGGACAACAAAAGCUUCGCCAAAAGGGCUUCACCUUCCGAGAUUAUCAAAAUCGCCUUUAUUCAGUCCUAGAGAAUCUGAAAGUUCAAAUCUUCAGAGGAAAGUCAGGUUUCCUAAAUUAUAGUGGCGACAAAAGUAUUUUCGCAAAAACCAGAUUCAUCCAUUGAAACACUUGGAGAUUUGUUUCGAAGUGUUGAGAGUGGAUCAAUUUGCAACAGAGUUUUAAAAAAGCUCUUAAAAGUUGUCACAGUAAAUUUUAUUAAAACUUUCUCAUCAGUACGAAAGUACUGUAUGAAUAAAACUUUAAGCUUGGAGUAGAUUAUUAUCCAACGCUUCAGCACCUUAUCAUAUUUUCUAAUUCUCUCCAUUGAACUUUGCAGUCACUCUUUAAAAAAUUAGGUAAAUAGUUUGUAGUUUCUCGAAAACAUUUAUCAAAUUUUACGAUAUUUUCCGCGUUCCUACGAUGUAAAUAAGACCAAAGCGCAACAUGUAAAUUUAUUACUAUGAUUUAUAAUCAGUAGCCCUAAACAGGGUUGCUACAGAAAUUCGUUUUCAAAAUUUCAUGACUUUUCAGUGUCUACAAAAAUAAUCACUAUCGGUCUACUUGAAACAAAAAAUUCAGUAAAUUCAAUUUUAA